AUCUUUGUAUCAGACAAAUACAUGAAAAUUAAAAUAAUAUUAAAAUCAAACACUUUCCUGUAGGAAAAAAAUACAUAAAAAUGUGUAUUCCCAAUUACACGUGUAUCUUCCCCAAAUCAAUGAUUAGAUAACCUCCACGUGUCAAACCCACAAAUCAUUACACCUAGUCACAAACCAAGGUAGGGAACUUCCCUAUACGUAGAGUUCAUGCGAAUAAAAACCACUAAUUUCCGUAGGUAACCAGGAAAAACUAGAAAGACAAACACACCGUAGUUAUGGCUACCUUGACAGGAUCGGAUCCCAGUAGCCAUGGCUCCUUAUUGGAGUCACCCUUACUCCUUCCAUCCAAAGACUCCGGAUGGGAAUCCGGACCCGGAUCCGAACCCCAUAAGCUUUGCAUAGACGACAUGUUACAAAUAUACUGCGGAGAAUUCGGGUCCUGGCAAUUCAGACACUUUGUUUUAACAAGCCUCGCACGGGCUCUAGAAGCUUUCCAUACCAUGGUCAUGAUAUUUGCAGACCAGGAACCUGCUUGGCGUUGUACAAAAGGGUCAGGAUCAGCCUGUGAUGAGAAGGAGAAAAGUGUUUGUGGGCUUGAACCAGGGUCUUGGGAAUGGAAAGGUGGUUCAGGAAGCUCCACCGUCGCUCAGUGGGGAUUGGUUUGUGGGGAUAAGUACAAGGUUGGGCUUGUUCAAGCCUUGUUUUUUGGCGGCUGCAUGAUUGGUUUAAUGUUCUAUUUUUCUUUUAAUACGGGUCUCUUCAGGUUUUAUCUUAUACUAAUCUCCUUUCUGCAACGAUUUUGCAUACUCCUUCAUAUUUUUAUCUUAGACUAAUCUCCUCAGGUCCAUAAAUUAUACAUUAUGGCACCUGGUUUCCAUCACAGUAAAACCUGUUAUAUGUUCCUAAAAUAAAUUUCCUUUAACAAAACCAGACUUGCUUUUUACUAAUUUCUAAAAGAAUAGUAAUUUGUAAUGAUGAUCAUUUGGUGCAUAUUACGAGACAAGAAAUAUGAAGGUCAAGAGGGGAUAAUGUCAUUUAUUUAUAGCUGGAGAAUGGAGAUACUACAUAACAGGCAAAGAAUUGGCUGUUUUUUUCUAUGAUUCAGAUUGUUGUGUGCCACUUGAAGCUUCUCUUGUCAGGGCCACAUGUUUUAUGUUUGGUACAUCUUGUGCGUAUGUGAGAAAUAGAAAAUUGGAAAAUCAAAAGCCAUGCUACUGAUCAAAAUGGACAAAGUGUAGCUUGGUUUUAAGUCAUUUUCUUGUGGUCCGUAAAUUAAUUAUUAUCAUCAGUUUCUUGAAACAUCAUCUUGACUUUGUUGAUUUGGCUUUUUCUAUAUUGAUUUUCCAUUCCAACUUAUAUUUGUU